GGCGGAGCCUAUCUCGCAUCAGGACCAGUCUGACUGCACCUGCAUCCUUAGCUCAGAACAUCCCUGGAGCAUCUUAAGAGGAGGGCGCAGCUGGCAACCAGGGAUCGGAUCGUCGCAGGGGACGUCCGCCAGAUACCUUCCCCCUCCCCUGACCUACAGCGCUACAGCAGCCACCUCGGUACUUUACUGGGGUUCCCAGAGUUGUCUGACCAUUACGAAAACAUUUAUAGCAACAGCCUCUGAUUACGACAUGGCUGAGAUCACCAAUAUCCGACCUAGCUUUGAUGUGUCACCAGUUGUGGCUGGCCUCAUUGGGGCCUCUGUACUGGUGGUGUGUGUUUCGGUGACUGUCUUUGUCUGGACAUGCUGCCACCAGCAGGCAGAGAAGAAGCACAAGACCCCACCAUACAAGUUUAUUCACAUGCUCAAAGGCAUCAGCAUAUACCCGGAGACCCUCAGCAACAAGAAGAAAAUCAUCAAAGUACGGAGAGACAAAGAUGGCCCUGGGAGGGAAGGUGGACGCGGGAACCUACUGGUGGAUGCAGCAGAGGCUGGCCUGCUGAGCCGAGACAAGGAUCCUAGGGGGCCUAGCUCCGGAUCUUGUAUAGACCAAUUGCCCAUCAAAAUGGACUAUGGGGAAGAACUGAGGAGCCCCAUUACAAGCCUGACCCCCGGGGAGAGCAAAACCACCUCUCCAUCAUCUCCAGAGGAGGAUGUCAUGUUAGGAUCCCUCACCUUCUCAGUGGACUAUAACUUCCCGAAAAAAGCCCUGGUGGUGACAAUCCAGGAGGCCCAUGGACUGCCAGUGAUGGAUGACCAGACCCAGGGCUCUGACCCCUACAUCAAAAUGACCAUCCUUCCUGACAAGCGGCAUCGAGUGAAGACCAGAGUGCUGCGGAAGACCCUGGACCCCGUGUUUGAUGAGACCUUCACCUUCUACGGCAUUCCAUACAGCCAGCUGCAGGACCUGGUGCUACAUUUCCUCGUCCUCAGCUUUGAUCGCUUCUCUCGGGAUGAUGUCAUUGGGGAGGUGAUGGUGCCAUUGGCUGGGGUGGAUCCCAGCACAGGCAAGGUACAACUGACCAGGGACAUCAUCAAGAGGAACAUCCAGAAGUGCAUUAGCAGAGGGGAGCUCCAGGUAUCUCUGUCAUAUCAGCCUGUGGCACAGAGAAUGACAGUGGUGGUCCUCAAAGCCAGACACUUGCCGAAGAUGGAUAUCACCGGUCUCUCAGGUAGGGCCCUAGAUCCUUAUGUCAAGGUGAACGUCUACUACGGCAGAAAGCGCAUUGCCAAGAAGAAAACCCACGUAAAGAAGUGCACUUUGAACCCAGUCUUCAAUGAGUCUUUCAUCUAUGACAUCCCAACUGACCUCCUGCCUGAUAUCAGCAUUGAGUUCCUUGUCAUCGACUUCGAUCGCACCACCAAGAACGAGGUGGUGGGGAGGCUGAUCCUGGGGGCACACAGUGUCACAAGCAGUGGUGCUGAGCACUGGAGAGAGGUCUGCGAGAGUCCCCGCAAGCCUGUAGCCAAGUGGCACAGUCUGAGCGAGUACUAAUCCUGUUCUUCUCACCUCUAACCCUGGGGCCAGGCUGGGGAGGGACGUGGCAGGGAGAGAUGUCAGAGAAGCGGACUCAGAACCUCAUUUUAGUUGUAGAAGAAAAUUUCUUACAAAACAAACCCCACAAAGAACAUCCCACAUGACCACAGCCGCAGAUCUGUUCUUAGCAAAGACAAUUUUUUUUUUCUCCUUUGCAAGGCACUAGAAAUUCUUUUGUUUUUUAAAUGGGGGGGCAAAGAGAGGGAAAGACCCUUACAAGUCUAUAUAUAACACUGUAACCUUAUACUUGCAUGUCUAAUACAAACUGAAGAAAUUAGCCUAAUUGCCAAUAUCAAGUUGCAGAUUUUAAUCCAUGAAAAUUGUGUUUUGUGCCGAAUCAUAUUUGCUGAUUACCUGAAAUUGGCCUCUUUUUAUUAUUGGGCUUCUCUGGAGAGUUAACCCCCCUCCCCACCUUGGCAGAAAAAAAAUUUUUGCUCUUGUAAAGCCUCAUGUUUUCAUCAUCUCCAUCUUUUCUCCCUAUUACCUCUUAUGUCUCUGCUCUUUGGCUGAGAUCAAGGUCCAGAGGUCUAUAGUAAUCCAAAAAACAAAGGUGAGUAGAUAAGGCAGGGUUUGCAGGAGAAAGAGUAAUUGAAAAGUGGGGGUAUUUUUUCUGUUAAUCUUCCUGCUAUGAAGGGGUAGUUGGUAGUCUAUGACUAACUGGUAGCCCCAGGAAAGCACAUAAAACUCGUCAGAUUUAUCAGGAAGAAUUUGGAUUUACAAAACUAGACAAUUUCUUUAACAGGAGAUUUGGAGGCUUCAAAUUCAGCUAUAGGAGAGUACAUCCAGCAGAUUCCAAAUGUUAUUUGCAGGUAUGAGGACAAGGAAUGGAGAAAUGAGAUGAUUGCCAUCCCCUUUGGCAGUUAUAUCUGGUACUGACAGCCAUUCCUUGGUUGAUGGGUUGGAAGUCCUCAGAGUUUUGAAGGAUUACAUUGGCCUUUGUUUUUCCAGAAAGGCUGACCAUGGAGAAGAGUUAGAAUCUUCUGAGGUGACUCAAGAUAUUGCAAUGAAGUAAGUUUUGCUUCACAAAAGGCCCUCAGAAAUGAUUCUUUCUCCUUGAAAUUUUCAAUAAUAGCUCAAAAAAUAACAGUGUGGCUGAGUAAUAAUAAUAGUAACCGUGGGCAGGCACGGUGGUGCCUAUCAACUCGGGAGGCAGAGGCAGGAGGAUUGCAAGUUAGAGAACAGCCCAGGCAAUUUAGCAAAUUCCUGUCUCAAAAAAUAAAAAGGGGUAGGGAUGUAGCUUAGUGGUAGAGUCCCUGGGUUCCAUUCCCAGUACGAAAAUAAAUAAAUAAAUAAAUGAAUGAAUAAAUAAAUAAAUAAAAGUAACUUGAAUGUUUAAGAACAUCCUUUCCCUCAAAACAAAGAGGGAACUUCUGAGUCUCAUGACAUGGCAAAGGGAUGAGGGAACCACUGGGCAGUACAGGUUGAGAGAUUCAGUGUUGUGCUGAAAUUCGAAUUCAGGACUCCUUACUCCUAGUGCAGCCAUGUUUCCACUGUUGAGAUUUUUCAUAUGGCAGAGGCUUCAUUACCCAUAGGUGAACUUAACAGGCAGUACAUAUUUUUUCCACAGUCUGAAGAGGAACGCAAUCAAAUAAACAACACUUGACCCAGGGCCUGAAAGAGUAACCAAAAUUGGAUUGUCCACUUCAAUCCACAAGAUCAUUCCUUUCUAACUUGCUUCUAAGGAGGGAAUAAAAAAGUUGAGUCUCCAUGGACAGGGUGGUAUGGUAACAUUGCCUUUGUUAUUCCCUUAGCUCUAGUGGAUUUAAAUCCAAUCUGUACCCCACACACACCCAAUUCUUUUGUUUGGUUUUCUUUUAGCCCAUAUUCUUGACAAUGCAAAGCAGUUCUGUGCAGGCACAAAGCCCACUCUCUGUUCUUGUCCCUGUCAUUCCCCCUCCAGUUCCCAUAAUUCAACUCACUAUCUCAUCUAUCAUCAUUUGGGGGUCACAUACCACUAGUCUUUGUCCUUUAACCCAUGGAAUGUAAAUACUGUAUCAUACGUAGAAGAAAAUAAUUUUUGUUUUCUAAAAAUGCAUUUCAAGAUAGUUUAAUGUAAAUUUGGCAGGAGCACUCUGAAGCCCCAUUAGGAAAAAUUUUAAAUGGUUCCUCUUCAUCGCCUUAAUGUCUAAAGAUCAGAAAUCGCUGAGCAACCGGCUUUGGUUUCCUUCCCAGAAACAAUGCAAAGCAACAGGUGGAGGUAGUCUGGUCUUUGCCCUGCUGUGUGUGCCUCUGUAGCUCCUCCUGACUUAAGUCUGGGAAAACAGCCUCACCCCACUCCUCUCUUCCCCAUCUCCUUGCAGCUUUAUUCCUUUCAUUCUUUGGGUCUACGGAGCAGUGGAUGGUGAGGUGACAGGGGAGGAACCAGUAGUCCUGUAGGCUAUGAACUGCCUCAGUGUCUUUGCCAGAAAAAGGUGAAGAGGUGGACAGUAUAGGAUUCCUCCCUCCUACCUCAGGCCUGAUCCAUCAUGCCCUGGAUUUUGCUGUCCCAAAGUUUCUUAGCUAACUUUGGUUUUCAAAUUUGUUCUUUCCAGAGCUAACUGGGAAGGGUGGAGGCAGAAUGCCUCUUCCGGAGAGUCAGUUGAAAGACAAGAGAGUCACAUCCUACCUUUUGCACAAAGCACUCGUGGUCAGGAAUAGGUUAGGGAAUGGUCACUUCUGAUUUUCCAAGAGCCAGUCCUACUGUGUAUAUCUUGAUUCCUUUGAGAAGACAAGAGUUUUUUGUAAUAACAGAAGUCCCUUCAUGAGUUAUUCCUUCUUUCAGUUCUCAGUGAAGCACGGCCAAGAUGUACAUGUUUAUGGAUAGUGCUCUAGGUAUAAAAACAGAACUGGUUUGUGGGACAGAGGUGGCUUGCUCAGGAGAGGGAAAAUGCAAGUCCCUUUUGGAAGGCUUUUACCAUGGCCACGACAGUGACAUUGCCCUCACCAUGAUCCCUCUCCAAAGUGGUCGUCUUUCUUUACCUUGUGUCUUCUCUUGUAAAAAUGAAACAAAAAUAAAAUAAAUGUGUCAAAUUAAAAAAAAAAAAAACAAAUGAAAAAGCUAACAUGAAUUGUGUGAAACUGCAUAAUGC